GCCAACUUCAAAAACUUUCGCAUCGUCACCGGAAGUGGGCUACAUUACUAUUAAAAAUAAACCCAAAAUAGCAAAAUAACUGAAUAAAUGGAUAAACUAAAGAAGGCGUUGAGUGGAGACGAUGGUGAUGAGGAACAAGGGAUCGUUACACAGUUUUCUGAUGCUACAAAGUUGAGUUGGGAAACCAGAAUCAAAGGUUUCAUCAUAUGUUUUGUGUUGGGUGUUGUUUUAUCUAUACUGGCUACAGCUUUAUUAUUCAUGAAAAAUGGUUUAGUGAUAUUUGCAGUUUUAUAUACUUUUGGAAAUGUCUUGGCACUGGCCAGCACAUGUUUCUUGAUGGGACCAUUAAAUCAGUUGAAGAAGAUGUUUGCCAAGACCAGAAUAAUAGCUACAAUUUUAGUGCUGGUGAUGUUUGUUCUCACAUUAGUUUGUGCUUUUGCACUGAAAAAGGGGGCAGCACUGGCUAUAUUGUGUUGUGUUUUACAGUUUUUGGCCUUGACAUGGUACUCAUUGUCUUACAUACCUUAUGCCAGGGAUGCUGCGAAAAAAUGUUUUUCUGCCUGUUUAGACUAGAUAUCAACCAUACACAGAGUGCUGGUCUUAUAAGAAUCAAGGAAUGGUGUAAUUUAAUAGUAAAAAUCCAUCUGAAUUUUUAUAGAU